GACAGCAGUGUGCCAUUAGGAAUGGACAAAUUCCAGGCAGUUUUGAAAGAUGGAAAAAUCUUAUGCACGUGAGUAUAACAGUUAAAUUAUUUUUAGAGAAAUGGUUUUGAUUUUUUAAAAUUAUCUAUCCCAGAAGUAUAGAGUGAAGUUUGUAGAUUUCCAAAUUACCUUAAAAAACUUAAUUUUAAUUUUCAAUAUACCUUAGGAAAGUUGAAACAAUAAGUUCUUAAUUUUUUUCAUCUAAUCAUACAUUUUUGUUGACUUUUACGUAAAGAACACAAGUAGAUUUAGAUGCAAGAAUAUUGUCACUGGCAUUUCCCCUCAUCUUAAUAACACUCUGAACUUUAAAAUUUUAUUUCUACUGUUAAACAUUCCAACAUUUUUCAAGCAUCACAGUUAAUUAACAGGUAAACCUAAUUAGGAAUUUAAAAUGUGUCUUCUCGUUUGGAAUAUUUCAGUUUACUUAUAUUUAAUUUGUUGUUUUAAUUCACAGAUUAAUCAACAAAAUAAAACCAGGGAUAAUCACCAAAAAGAUCAACAACUCUAGAUGCCAUUCCUCCAGAUGGAAAAUACCAGCAAUUUCUUGGAAGUCUGUGAAAAAAAGAAAUCUCUAAGACUGACCUCUUUCAAACAGUUGAUCUGUAUGACAAAAUCAACAUGGUUCAAGUGGUCAAUUGUAUUUACGCUCUGGGCCGAAAGGUACAGUACUGUUUUGUUCUGUUACAAGAUCAAUACAUUCUUCUGCAUGUUCGGCAUUUUUUUAGCUUUAAUUUAUCAUAAAAAUAAAAUGUGCGAAUAAUCUUUUAAUUUCUUUCUUUCUUUUCAUACAGUUUUUAUUAUGACAAUAAAUAGAUUUAUGGAAUAAAUUUAUCUAUAGAGGUUAAAUUAUAAUAUAAGUAAGAUUGUUGGUGAAUAUUUUAUUUUUCUUGAAUCAAUCUACAUGUAUCAUCAUUAUGUACAUUUCUUUUCCCAUGUGCUAAAAUUGAAGUUCCUCAUACCCUAACUCUGUUGAACACCAUACAUUUAAGACUCCUUCUCCCCAUUCAAAUGUAUCAUUUGAGAAUUAAUUGAAGCACAUUAAAAUGUACUGAUUUGAUGUGAAAUUGAAAUUUCGAAAUAUUUUUUUUUUAACAUUUGUUCUAUAAAGGAUGGUCUAAACGAAAUUGUGCAUUUUAUUCUGACAAUAAACAUUUUUAACCAACGGCACAUGUUUCAUUAGCAAAUGUAAUUUUUCCUUUAUAAUAAUUUAUCAACAGUUUGUUUGGUUUCAUUGAUAACUCAGUUUUUUAAAUUUUUUUUCAAAGGCGCCCAAAGUUGGCUACCAAGGCCCUACACUAGGAGUUAAGGAGGCAGACCAUAAUCCACGCAACUUUGAUGCAGAAACACUAAAUGCUGGCCAAACAGUCAUGGAUCUCCAAAUGGGAUCCAACAAAGGAGCCAACCAGGCAGGAAUGAGCUUUGGGAGCUCUCGAAGCAUUAAUGACCAUGGCACGAAUGGAACAGAAUAG